AUGGCGAGAUCAUUGCGUCCUGCGGCCUGGCAAUUGAUUAGGGAUGCCGUCGCUCGAUCAGUCGCUGAAAGCUUGACCAAGAGGGAUGUGAUGACAGAUGCCCAGAACAAAGUCACCGAUGUCAAGACUGCUUUCUCAAGUUGGGACAAUUGUAUGAAGGCUUCAUUUUGCAAAUGGCCUGUUAUUGCCGUCAUCAUCGUCGGUAGCCUCAUCAUCGUGUCUGUUAUCUGUUGCUUCGAGUGUUUGAAAUGUUGCGGCAACUGCUGCGGCUGCUGCGACCCGCCUGGCGGCCGCCAGCACAAGUAUCUCGACGAGCCGUACAUCCCGCCCUAUCAUGGCCAGAGCCAAGGCUAUCGGAACCAAGCUCCCAUGCAGGCACACUUUUCCCCGCCAGCAGCGACGAAGUUCGAACCACAGUAUGCCGAAUUUGACGUCUCCAAAAAGACAAACGGGGACGACCUGCCCCCGAUGCCCAGCUGGGAGCGCUCUGGGUCUAAAAAAGUCUUGAUGGAACAAGAAGAGGUGGAAAUGUCCAACCUUGCAAGAACACCAGUCUCGCCCUUGAACCGCACCCGUAUCAAUUCGCCGUCUCCCGCUCUCGUUAGUCCCAUGAGCGUAAACCAUGACCGCCCAUACGGAGACCUCCCGGGCAGCUCAAGCGGUCACAGUCAACAAGACCUGUUGACAAGUCCGCAGUCUCCCGGGUACGGCCUCCUCCGCCAAGGGUCGUACGGACCUCGAGAUCCCGGGUAUAAUAACAGUUUCAAUACCAAUCGUCAUUCUGCAGGUUUCGGCCUCAACGACCCAUACGAUGACCAUGCUCCCAUGUCCGGCGCAAAUGGCUACGGACAUACUGGUGGACAGUCUCAACCCUACGAAGCUCCUGGGAACCAGCCAUAUGACAAUAUUCCCUAUGGUGCUGCCGCAGGUGCCGGUGGCUUCGCUAGAGCCACGGCGAUGCGCAACCAGUCUAGAGGACCGAACGACCAGCCGUAUGGUGCCCUGCCAGUUGUUGGUGGUGCGGCUUUGGGACAUGGGGGCCGCCAGUCGCCAGUCCCUGCCCAGGGCAGUUCUCCCUAUGGGCUGAAUCAAAUCCACGAGCAGUUUGCAGAAAUGCCGGCCGUACCACUGGACCAUGACAGCGUCCACAACUCAGCUGGCGCUCCCCAGAACAGAUCACCGCUUACUGAUCAAACGGCACCUCGAGAGUUGGCCGGGAGCACGCCCCCUGAGGGCUAUGGCAUGAGAGGGCCCGGCACUGGAGACAAUCAUGGCCCCUUGUCAGCAGGCGGUAGAUCGCCUUACGGCAUGGACUCGCGCAUGAGAAGUUCCCCUGCACCUAUCCAAACAGCAGGGUCUCUCGGCGGCAACCCUUACGCGCCUAGUCCUCGCGAGGACCAAGGAUACGGCCGCGAGCUCCGAUCACCUCUCGACAACGAACACAGAAGCUACUCGCCAAUCGCUCCCCACCAAUUUACGCCAGGUCCCGAACGCCAAUACUCGCCCGCCCCCGAUCGUCAGCGGACCCCCGGACCGCUUCCUCCCGCAAAUCCUGUCCCGCCACCUAGCAACACCUUGAACCAGUCGCCACCUCGCUCGCCCUUUACCAACAACAGCGGAUUCGACUUUGACUCUGGAUUCUCUCGACCAAGAGAGCAGCAACAUCACUCCUCGCCAGCUCAGGAACCCGCCACAGCAGCAUAUCCCGGGCAAAGGACGUACCAGUCCCGAUAA